ACUGAGUGGUUUAUGACUGGCUGUCAGGGCAGUAGAAGAAAACUCCAACUACCAUAAUGCAUCGCUGAUAUCAACCGGAAGCGGAAGAUGUGCACGUGAUUGUACGUUGGAGAAGGAGUACAAAUUUGAGACGCGGAUUCGCUCCUGAUUUAUUUUUAUGAAAAGGUGUCCAUUAGCCAUGUCCUGCUAAUGUACCCGACUCCGUUGUACUCCCAUGCCGGUCAUGGGCCGUUCUCUGAGGUGUACGAGCCAGCAGAAGACACUUUCCUUUUGAUUGACACCUUGGAGAAGGAUGCUGCUUUGCUGCGGCAAAUCAACCCCGCUGUGUGCCUUGAGGUUGGCACUGGCUCAGGGGUGGUUUCUGCUUUCUUGGCUUCCGUAACUAGAGCUGAGGCAUUAUAUCUCUGCACUGACAUCAACCCAGCGGCAGCACAGUGCACAGCAGAGACGUCUCGCCGCAACAAGCUUCACCUGCAUCCGCUUAUAACGGACUUGACUCAGUGUCUGUUGCCCAGAUUGAAUGGAAUGGUGGAUGUUCUUCUCUUUAACCCUCCAUAUGUAGUUACACCAUCUGAGGAGGUGGGCAGUCAUGGCAUUGAGGCAUCCUGGGCAGGAGGAAAGAGAGGCAGGGAGGUGAUGGAUAGAUUCUUCCCCAUGGUUUCACAGCUAUUAUCGAAUCAGGGCCUGUUCUACCUCGUCACAGUGUCUGAUAACAAUCCAGAAGAGAUUCUGUCUCUGCUUGGCGAAUUCGGGUUAAGAGGAGAGGUGUGUCUGUCUCGUCAGGCGGGAAGAGAAAAGCUGUCUAUCCUGCGCUUCAGCAAGAGAGACAUCACAGGACUCUGAACACUAAAGCUACACUGCAUACGGACUACAAUCCUCUCUGUUUUCCCAAAAGCAGAGUAAAGGGAAAAAAAACUGGAUUCAAAGUGUGAGAUUUAAGUGGCAGUCAGGAGAUUGGAAAGUGUGAUGGUGAAUUCUGGACAUCUGACCUAGUGCAUCCUUAGAGGAACUAUAAAGGGAUAUGUUUUUGAAAGACCUUUUUGAAGAGGUUCUGACAGCUACCUCAUAGAUUGGAAUGGUUAAAGUGUUGCAGUAGUGACUUUGUGUACUAUGUAAAUGAUUGUUCUGCCUGUAUGUUCCAGCCUUCAGAGGACAGUGGUGGUUACGGGGUACGUCUGCCACUGAUUGAAGUCAAACCUGAGUAGAGCACGAGAUGCGGAAGUGAAGAUGACCUGAUUUCUUUUGUGUUUGAUGGCAUUGGCUAUUUUAUUAGCAAGUGUUUAAUGAAGAGAUGUUGAGUUGUGAAGUGGCCAUAAUGAGAAUAUGAUUCUGCAUCACAUUUAUUGGUUCAUGUCAAUAUUUUUCCCAGUAGGUUGCAUUUUCCUUGGGGAACACAGUUACCUUGGGGAAUCUUUUAACGAUGUAUAAUGUUGUGUACCUUUUGUAGUAUAAAGCAAACCCAUUUAAAUGACAUGGUGAGGCUAAUUACUGAAAAUGCUAUUUAAAAAAAAGACCAAAAAGUUGAGGGUUCAUGUCUCACCUUCUGCCAAAUGCUUAGGUAAUUUACAUUAAUUUUGAUUUUGUUUCAAAAUAAAUGACAAUUACGUAUUUUUAAAUGUGUGUAUAUAAAGCAAAUAACUGCAACAACACAAGGGAAAAUGUGGGACUUUUUUUGUCACUAUUUGACCAUCUUAUGUUUGGUUAAUUUUUUUAUUCAAACCUUGGUGUUGAACAUUGACACUUGUAGAAUCUUAAUUAAUAAACUCAUCAAGAUCUUA